CAACAACGAGCGAGACAAGUUUCAUUUAGAUCGUUUUUUUUUUUUUUUUUUUUUUACCCAUUUUCUCAAUGAAGUUUGGAGCGCUCGUGUUUAUUUACCACUUCCAACCCAUAACAGCGGUAUCUCCUCCGUGUGGAUGGGGGGGCUGUUUUCAUAUGGAAAUGCUCGGGAACCUCUCUCAAUCAGCCUCGGAGAAAGCGGGCUCGCUGUGGAGAAGUUAACGGGGUGGGUUGUCCCUGACUAAAUGGUAUUCCUAUGGGGGCAUUGAGAUGCAUGAGGCUGAGCUGAUCCCUGGCCAAUGGGAGGAAGGAGCCGGGGAGCAUCUUCAGCAGACCUGGCGUGCGUGCAGGAAAAGUUGCCCUCAGAUGACCACUGACCAACACAGGGGAGGCAGAGGUCGGGGCAGCGCACAUCCUCUCUGAACUUCACACUCCGCGCUUAAGGCGUCCUGCAGAAUUUGGAGAUUUGUCCGCAGUGCUUGAUUUUUAUCUUAAGGAAGCUGUUUUUUUAAAAGAAAAAAAAAUGUGGUCUGUGGACAUGACGGAGAAGACAGCAUUGUAAAUUUGCUCUGAUUUAUUUCACAAGGAUACGCACAUACAUACAUCAUCUCCUCCAUUAGAACCUUUGCUCUGUCCGCGCUGUCAUGUCGGUGUCCCUGUCCAGCAUCCCUGUAAUGCUGAAGGAGAAGAGCUUCCAAGCCGGUAUGCUGAAGAGCAGCCCUGCCCGGGGCUUCUACCCUGCGCCUCUCCCCGGCCCCCAUCACUACGUGGACUUCUUCCCGCGGACGCACAGCCUCCUCCACCCGCUCAAGUCCCUCGGCCGUCUGGUGUCGGACACUCAGGCUUCCCUGCCGUUCAACCUGCCCGGCGGGGUCCCUCCGUUCUUCGGCCAGGGCGGCCACAACGCCUCGGUCCUUCACGAACACAUGUUGAGCGCCUCCGGCAUCCCGUAUCUGAGCCAGAUGUUGCCCGGACACCCCCUGCUCCCCAAACCGGAGGAGCUGGCCGCGGUGGUGACCGAGCACGCCGCCGGUCCGCUGUCUUCAGACUUCAGCAGCCCGUCCAGUGAGAGGUGUCCGUCCGCCUCGUCCUCGGCCAACACGCCGCUCAAGGAGAAUUUGUUUCGCCUCCGGGCCGCAGACCUGUCUCCAGAAAAGAAGGGGGCGUCUUAUAAUUUCACCCAGGACGACUUGUUCAUGGUGCUGUACGGUUACUCGGGGAGCCAGGAGCGCAGUGUGGGUCACGCGAUAUCAGGAGUGUCCUUGCCUGAAAACUCAGUUUCUGAUUCCCACAUCAUCCCACUGGACACAGAAACACUUGAACUCCCAGAGGGGAUCACCGUCCUCCAGGCUGCUUGGGGAAAAGCCUCACACUGUGGAGUUUUCGCGGAUAAAAGCACCAUCCCUAAAGGCACACGGUUCGGACCUUUCCAAGGAAAACUGGUCAACACCAGCGAGAUUAAAACAUACGAUGACAACACCUUGAUGUGGGAGGUGUUUGAAAACGGCCGGUUGAGUCAUUUCGUGGAUGGCAGAGGAGGAUCGGGGAACUGGAUGUCUUUGGUGAAGUGCGCUCGUUUUCCCGAGGAGCAGAACCUGAUCGCGGUGCAGGUCCAGGGUCAGAUCUUCUACGAAGCCUGUAAAGAGAUCCGGCCAGGCCAGGAGCUUUUGGUGUGGUACGGAGACUGCUACAUGCAGUUCCUAGGGAUCCCUCUCACCCUGAAAGACCCCAAGGAGGAAAACAAAGUUGUCGCUCACUCUGAAGAUUCUGGCGAGGGGUUUAAAUGUGACAGGUGCGGGAAGGUGUUCGCCUACAAAUACUACAGAGACAAGCAUCUCAAAUACACGCGCUGCGUGGACCAGGGAGACAGAAAGUUCCCCUGUCACCUCUGCAACAGAUCCUUCGAGAAGAGGGACAGAUUGCGGAUCCACAUCCUACACGUUCACGAGAAACACAGACCUCACAAGUGUUCAGUGUGUGGAAAGAGUUUCUCUCAGUCAUCCAGCCUUAACAAACACAUGCGCGUGCACUCCGGUGAACGGCCAUACAAGUGCGUCUACUGCAAUAAGGCCUUCACAGCCUCCAGUAUCCUGCGCACACACAUCCGCCAGCACUCCGGGGAGAGGCCCUUCAAGUGCAAGCACUGCGGGAAGGCCUUCGCCUCCCACGCCGCCCACGACAGCCACGUCCGCCGGACCCACGCCAAAGACAAGCACUAUCCCUGCGAACUGUGCGGAGCGACCUUCCAAGACGAGCAGGAGCUCAAAUACCACACGAAAAGCCACGCACGAGGACAAAUCUCGGACACCACCGUUCUUCCGUCUUCUCCGGACAGUGGACUACAGGAGGGCCCACAAAUACAGAAGAGCACCGGACAAAACUUUCCUUACACCGGCUUGACGGUUUUAAAUCCCGAAUAUCGGCCCUGGAACUAGGCCACGUUGUGCGCAGUGAAUGAUGUUCCCGUUUAAUUUAUAUUUAUAUCUUUAGUUUUAGUUUAGACACCAAGACACUAACUUUGCGGUUAGACCAUGAGAGAUAAAAUUAAGUAAGGCAUACAUGAAAUCUCGAGGCAUUUCUUUCAGUCAUUGCUGCUUAUAAAAAAAAAUAAUAAUAAUGAAAAAAUAAAUAAUAAUAAUAAAUGUACAGGCCUAUUUAUAAAUCUACGUGAUAAUUUAAAUCGUCAGCCAAAUGCUUUUAUUUAUAUAAAUAUGUUGUGUGUUCUGUGGCUUAAAGCUUUCACUCUGCAACAGUUUUCCGCGUCCAGUUUUGUUCCCUAACAUUAACAAUUAUUAGUAAUAUUAUUAUAAUUAUUAUUAUUGUUACGUUGGGUUUUCUUAAACUACCGCUUAAAAAGCAAAGCUAUUUUUAUCGUUGUAAAUCUGAGCCUAUUUGUGUAUAAAGAUAACGUGUUAUUUGAUCUCUUAACUUAUAUGGUAUGAUAAUAUUUUUUACUGUAAUGUGAGGCUUC